AGUGCAAUGCUCAUGGUGACUGUCCAAGAGGGAAAUCAGUGGACCUUAAACUGUGGGUCAAUCUGUUGGGAAAGAGAGCUGAGUCAGUUUGGGAAAGGGGCUCUUCUUCACUUUGUUCUUGUUCCUGUGUCGUGGCUGACUCUGCUCCUCUCUCAGCCACCACAGAACAAAAGAGCUGAAAACAAUUUCUCCAAAAGAAAAGAAAAGAGCAACAUUUCAGGAGGAAAUGGCCCAGAGAAGAGUGGAAAAUAAAGACAGCAAUGCCUUCCUGAAUGCCCACUGCCCUAAAGAAUCUCAUGUUUUUAAAGUAGUACUUCUGGGUAGCAGCUCCGUAGGGAAGUCAAGUUUAGCCUACCGCUAUGUGAAAAAGGACUUCAGAGAAUCCCUGCCAACUGUGGGCUGUUCCUUCUUCACUCAAAUUAUAAGUGUAGAUAACACUACAAUUAAGUUUGAGAUCUGGGAUACUGCAGGCCAAGAGAAAUAUCAUAGUGUCUGCCAUCUGUAUUACCGAGGAGCUAAUGCAGCUGUUCUGGUGUAUGAUAUUACUAGGAAGGAAAGUUUGGAGAAAGCAAAAGUGUGGCUGAGAGAACUGGAGAAGGAAUUCCUCCAGGAUGAAAUAAUCAUAGUUUUGGUUGGCAAUAAACUAGAUCUUUCACCUUCCCGAGAGGUCACAUUAGAGGAGGCCAAGGAAGUUGCAAAAAGAGAAAACAUAUUGUACAUGGAGACAUCAGCAAAAUCCAAUCACCAAGUGACAGAACUUUUCAUGACUCUUGCUCAUGAAUUGUUAAAACAGGAGCAACAGAAAAAGAAGCCACUUCAGACGACACAUUGGAAGAAAUCACGUGUUGAUCUGCGAGAAACAACUUUUCACCAAUCUAAAUGUUGUCCGAAAUAAAGCCAGGCUGUGACAUGAGAUGCUGUAUGUUGCUGUGAUUGCUGUGAUCAAUAAUGGAAGCUCCUGUGCUGGUUUUCAUGACACUCUCUUCCUUUUUGCUUUUAAUUGUUAGACUGAGGAUGUUAAAAGUGAAAAUGGGGUUAGGAAAUAUUAGAAAUCAUUUCCAAAUAAUUUGUAAAUGCAUUCAAUACGUCAUCACUUUUGUAUCUGCAUGUAAUAUAGGUUAUCAAGAUAAUAAAGAAAAGGCAAAAACAUUA